AUGCACACAUUUUCCACAUUACCCGUCGAACUUGUCUAUCAAAUUAUGGAUCACCAGAAUGAGCGGACGCUAUUUUGUUCAAUGCAAAACGUUUGUCGAAAGCUCAAUCAGAUCCUCAGCACCUAUGAACGAUAUCGAACACUCACCAAACUAGAUCUCGGCGGUAACGGAAUCGGUGAUGAAGGGGCACAACUCAUUGCGGAUGCGUUGCGAACCAACACGACACUCACCAAGCUAAACCUCAAUUCCAACAGAAUCGAUGCUGAAGGAGCACGGCACAUUGCGGAUGGGUUGCGAACGAACACGACAAUUACCACACUGAGCCUCAGUUCGAACAGCAUCGGCGCUGAAGGAGCACAACACAUUGCGGAUGCAUUGCAAACGAACAAGACACUCACCGAACUAAGCCUCGGUUCGAACAGAAUUCGUGCUGAAGGACCACGACACAUUGCGCAUGCGUUGCGAGCCAACAAGACACUCACUAGACUAGAUCUCGAGGAUAACGAAAUCGGUGCUGAAGGAGCACAAGACAUUGCGGAUGCGUUGCGAACGAACACGACACUCACCGAACUAAGCCUCAGUUGGAACAGAAUUGGUGCUGAAGGAGCACGACACAUUGCGGAUGCGUUGCGAGCCAACAAGACACUCGCUAUGCUAGAUCUCGACAAUAACGAAAUCGAUGAUGAAGGAGCACAACACAUUGCGGAUGCGUUGCGUCGAAAUGCAAGUGGCAAUAUGGUGUAG